GCGCUGCCACCCGCGGGGGAAGCGGCUCUAAGUCCCGGGCUCGCAGCGCAGGCUCAGCUCGGCGCUGCGAGCGCUACGGACGCAGGGGCGGGGAGCCCGCCCGGCGCACAGUUUCCAGUGGGGCCGGGGUCCCACCCGGGCACUCUCUGUUUGAACCGAACCCGACAAAUGGGCGCAUGACGAUGGAGAGCAGGGAAAUGGACUGCUAUCUGCGUCGCCUCAAACAGGAGCUGAUGUCCAUGAAGGAGGUGGGUGAUGGCUUACAGGAUCAGAUGAACUGCAUGAUGGGUGCACUGCAAGAACUGAAGCUUCUCCAGGUGCAGACAGCACUGGAACAGCUGGAGAUCUCUGGAGGGGGUCCUGCACCAGGCAGCCCUGAAGGUCCCAGGACCCAGCACGAGCACCCUUGUUGGGAGGGUGGCAGGGGUCCUGCCAGGCCCACAGUCUGUUCCCCCUCUGGUCAACCUUCUCUUGGCAGCAGCACCAAAUUUCCAUCCCAUAGGAGUGUCUGUGGAAGGGAUUUAGCUCCCCUGCCCAGGACACAGCCACAUCAAAGCUGUGCUCAGCAGGGGCCAGAGCAAGUGGAACCGGAUGACUGGACCUCCACGUUGAUGUCCCGGGGCCGGAAUCGACAGCCUCUGGUGUUAGGGGACAACGUUUUUGCUGACCUGGUGGGCAACUGGCUAGACUUGCCAGAACUGGAGAAGGGUGGGGAGAAGGGUGAGACGGGGGGGGCACGUGAACCCAAACGAGAGAAAGGCCAGCCCCAGGAGCUGGGCCGUAGGUUUGCCCUGACAGCAAACAUCUUUAAGAAGUUCUUGCGUAGUGUGCGGCCUGACCGUGACCGGCUGCUGAAGGAGAAACCAGGCUGGGUGACACCCAUGGUCCCUGAGCCCCGAACCGGCCGCUUACAGAAAGUCAAGAAGCGGAGCCUUUCCAAGGGCUCUGGACAUUUCCCCUUCCCAGGUACCGGGGAGCACAGGCGAGGGGAGAAUCCCCCCACGAGCUGCCCCAAGGCCCUGGAGCCCUCACCCUCAGGCUUUGAUAUUAACACAGCUGUUUGGGUCUGAAUCCUAGAGGCAGAAAGUUGACUGAACCUGAAAGGGCCAGGUCCCAGUGCUGGGCCCCUGGGGAGGAGGGAGGGUGGGCGGUAUGGCUCUCGAAAGCCCAACUCCAAGUUCCUUUCCCUCAGAAAGCAGGGAGAAGCCAGAGCUCUUGGCUCAGGGCUGAAGGGAAUGUGCUUGGGAGAGGCUGUCUUGGGGGCUGGCUGGUGGAGCAAGUAAAAGUAGCUGGAGAGCAAGCUGUGUGUGUGUGUGUGUGUGUGUGUGUGUGUGUCUGUGUGUGUGUCUGGCAUGCACACACUUUGGGGCUGGAGGUGACAGUAGGUGAGGGCAGGGGAGGAGAUCAGAAAUCCCUCUGACAUCUCCACUGCCCCCAAAGACCUCCGUUGAACAUUCUGUAUGGAAAAGAGCCCUGAAGCAUCAGGUUUCCCAGAUAGGCCCCCGAAUAAAGACCUGUCUUUGGCUCUCCCAACCUUCUGUUGGCUUCUUUGGCAAGACAUUGCUCUAGGCACAGGGACUGAACCCCAGGCCUCCUGGGACUGGAGCAGCAGUGAGGCAAAACCCGACCAGUCAUCCCUUCCUGCCUUGGAGGUUUCAGUCCAUACCUGGACCCUGAGAAAAUGAGCUAAAUAAGGAGUACAGUGUGUAAGGAACAGCCGGGGAAGCCCUAGACACUCCCCCAUGCACAUGGGAGGAAGGAUGUAGACAUAGCAUUGGACCAUUUGAAUGCCUGUUCAUCUCCAAUGGCCUCAUUUGAAAGUGAGCGAGGCAGGCAGGUGUGAUCCCAUUUUCCAGAUAAGGAAACAAGCCUAGAUACGCUACCUGUCCAAGAACAACUGCAGCCAGGAGGCAGAACAGCCUAGGCCUGACUGCAGAGUGGAAGCUGGACCCUGGAGUUACACACUCCUCCCCAACAGUUCGUAGCGCCCUGCAGGCCGGGCGCAGUGGCUCACGCCUGUAAUCCCAGCACUUUGGGAGGCCGAGGCAGGCGGAUUACCUGAGGUCAGGAGUUCAAGAUCAGCCUGGCCAACAUGGUGAAACCCCGUCUUUACUUUAAAAAAUGUAAAAAUUAGCCAGACGUGGUGGCACACGCCUGUAAACCCAGCUACUCGGGAGGCUGAGGCAGGAGAAUUGCUUGAGCCCGGGAGAGGGAGGUUGCAAUGAGCCGAGAUCGUGCCACUGCACUCCAGCCUGGCUAACAGAGCAAAACUGUCUAAAAAACAAAAACAACAACAACAACAAAAAAAACAGUUCUUAGCAUCCCGCACCCCACAGCCUGUCUCCUGCACUUAACUCCCACCUGGGUCAGAGAACAGUCAAUUCACCAGUGAGGUAAAGGUGAACCCAGAAGAAAUAGCCACUUGAUUUUAAAAUUCCUAGCUCCAUUCCGUGGCCUCCUCCUCACUAGAUGCAGCAGCCCCAGGCCUCCUGUUCCCUCCUCACCUAGAGGUGGCCAGACGGAGCGGGGAAGGACAAGGCAGCAGCUCAGCUCCAGUUUUUCUAAAGCCGCUCUGGGCACGUGGCCCAGGAGGGCCGCCUAGGACCACCCUGGGAAGCCACUGUCCCUCCCACUCCAGCAGGGAACACUCACUGGCUGGGAAAAGACAAUGUGGAUCUUCUCUUGGGCUGAGCAAGCCAGGAGGGCAUACCCUCCCACUGCCCCUCUCUGCCUCCCACCAAUUGUCCCUCCGCCUGAUGGGGUGUGACAGCUGCAAUUAUGGGCAGGAUGCCUUCCCACCCUCAAAGCAUUAACAGCCAGUUGGAGAGGCAAAACAGUAAGAAAAAGCUCUUCUACUUGCUUCCUGGAUCCCUGGGGAGAGUGGAGAGAGGGGCAGAGCUCAAGAUGGGGUUAUGGGGGUGCAGCCACGGUGGUUAGGGUCACCCUCAAAUCCUAUGCAAAUGGUAAGAUGUUUCAUUUUUGGUGGGGGAGCUACAGGAGGGAGGAAGGCGCUCAUGCUUUUUGGGUUUUGUUGAGCACUCACUAUCUGUCAGGUAGUGUGCACAUCUUUCAAACUUAGAAUGACCCUAGAAGGCAUUGUUCUCCAGACACAUCUAUGGAGGUUAUUAGGGGUCAUGUAAACUGCCCAGAUUAGGCUGCUAGCAAAGGAAAGGACAGAGAUCUAAACAGAGGGUUGGGUUAUCUGGCUCCAAAACCCCUGUCCUUUUCUUGCUACUUUUCUACCUGGAGUUUGCCAACUGAGCAAGCCCAUUCUGGCAGAGCCAGCCCUUGCAAAUCCUUUGUGUCUUCCCAGAGAAUACUAACAUUUCAGUUUUGAGUGAGGGAACGUUUGCUGUGGCUGCCUUUGGAGGUGGAGAUGGUGGAGGUGGUGGUAGUGUGUGUGUGUGUGUGUGUGUGUGUGUGUGCCCGUGCACGCGCAUACAAAGUGCAUGUGAAGAUUCCACCUACUGAAUCAUGAGAGGAGGAGGCCAUGGGCUGCUGGCUGGUGGAGAAGCCAACUAGCAUAUUAUUCAAGAUGACACCAGCUCCAAGUCUGGAAUGAGUCUAUGGGAAACCAAGGUACUUCUUGGACAUUCGUCUACAAUUCACCUGUUUCGUGGACGGGUCACAGUGGUUUGGAUAAACGGAACAAAACUUUAUGAACACCUCCCAACACCAGGCGUUGUUAUAGAAAACUAAGAACAGAGCAAUGAAAAGGACCCAACUCCUGCUCUCAAACGGAUGCAGUGGAAAAUAAGCAGACUUUGAACCAUUGGUUAGUCAGAAGAGACUCAGGGGACUGAAAACUUAUUUCCACUUGGGCCAGAACAAAAAAUUCGGAAGCAACACUUGCUGUCAACUUGAUUUACAGGUGCCAGCACCUUCCCCUCUGUUAUUUCCUUCUCACUACACACCGAAAGCGGUUGCUCUUGUUUUACAUGGACAGGCUCAGAGAAGUUAAGCAACUUGUCCAGGGUCACAUAGUGGUGGAACUGGGAUUGAAUCCGUUCCAACUGACUUGCAAUCUUGUGCUUUUCAGACGGUCCCACUAAUUGUCCCUAUCGGUUCCAAAGCCAAAUCAAGAGGAACAAGAGCAAAAUGUGUCCUCCCAUAUUAUCCAUGGUCCUGCAUGGAUCAUAAAUGGCAUGCUGACUGUCCACUGGAGGAGACUUACUUUUCCCUUCUCCCUGGACACCUGCCACGGCAAUGACAGAGGCUGUAUUUUACUGUAGUGGAGGGAAGAGGUGAAUGUGAAUGCCUAGGGCCUAAGUAUACAAGAAGGUGUAGGGAGAGGGAAGCAGUGUGCAUGUGGAGGAGAUAGUGGAAGCAAGCAGAGAGAAAUCAGACAGCUUAAUUCUUCCUUGGGGGGGGGCACUUUGUGGUUAAUUAGGACAUGCAAAUAAGCUAGAAGCUCAUUUAAUACCCUCUCUGACAUGUAACCCCACCCUGCACGUGGCCCACUUCCCCGGCAGGUACAAGGGCCAGCUGAUUGGCCCAGGUAUCUGUGGAGAGUUCCACCUGCUUCUUUGUGGCCCAGGGAACAGAAAAGAGUCCCUGCUGGGCAUGGCUAGUGGGGCCUGCCUGGUCUCCCUCCUCCCUUUCUCUUCCCAACCUUUCAGGCCUGGGACCUCUCUUUUCCCUCCCCAUCAGACACUUCCCCUGUGCCCCACCCCUUAGGGUGAUCUCUGAACCCAAACUUGCCCCAGGGAAGGUUGCUGUGUCCUCUCCACAUCCUCACCUCCUCCCCGGGGCCUUGGGACUUUUCCAAGUCACACCAUCGUUUCCUACGUGGCCUGGACAAGAGCAAGAGCACAGCCUGUCCCCACCUUCUCCAGAGCAGCCAGAACCCACCUCAGGUGCCUUCCCCAUCCAGUGCAGUAAGGCACUUCUGCCAGCACCACGGUAUGAGCACUAGACUUGGAGUUAAGAUUGGAGAGCCCUCUCUGUCACUGUGGAAGCUUGAGCAUGUUGCUUGACCUCUCUGAACCUCACGUUUCUCAUCUGUGAAAGGUGAUAAUGUGGGGCUGCUGUGAGAUUUAGAGGACAUAAUGCACCUAUGGUCCAAGCACUGCCUGGAACAAAGUGGAAGCUCAGCAGAUACUGGACUACCCAUCCCCUUAGUAGAGGCACUAACCAUGUGACCCAAGGCAGAAGUGCUUUAAAAAAAAAACGCUUUCUCUGAGCGUUGGUUUCUUCUGUCAAAACAUUUAUAUUGAUUUAAUCUCUCACAGGAUUGUAGCAAGGAUCAGAGAAGACAAUAGGUGACAUGUUUUUGUACACUGUAAAAAUACUACCCACCCAGAUGGGCUAUUUGCUAAAUGGCAAAUUUACACUGUUCCCCAAACGAUGACAUGCACUGGGGAGGCGGGGGGUGUGGAGGUGGGGAAGGGCUGAGCUGGAGAAAAGGUGCUUGAGGACCCGACGGCCUAAGGACCUGCUCUAGGAAACAUUCCCACCCACUACACCCUAGCUGCCCCUCACAGUCAACCCUUAAGGACCUCAAAUUCUUGGCAAGGGGUAAAGAGUCGAAAGUGCCAAGUCCUAGUGGUUUUGAGAAGCCUCUGGUCUGUUCUUUCUGCUCUCUAAAGCCCUAGUUGCCAGAGUCCCCUCCAGCCCCCACAUCGCUGCCUUCCUCCUGCCCUCCAGCCACCCUGGAAACUAAUGGCCUAAAGGUGCUGUGGCUGUCCUCCUAAAAUCCAUUCCCUCCUGAUGAGAUGGAGGAAUCUGUGAAGCCCGCCUUCAUGAGAGGUCUCAGGGCUCAGGCUGGUGCUGCCAGAGAAAGGGUAACUGAGCCAGAAAGGCCUAGGGGGUAAGAAGCUCAAACUGCAGUCAUCCCCUUAGUAUGAUUAUUAGGAUGUCCCUUGCCUUCCUUCUGCCUCCUCCACCCAACCCCUAAAAUAAACAGUAUGAUGAAGCC